UUUAUUUUAUUUCGUUUAUAAUUUUUUUCUGCUAAACAUAUACCAAAUACAAAUACACGAUAUGAACGGAACCCUAUUGCCGCAUCAGCCUGGACAUCGGCAGCGCCGCCACUUUCUCGGCAAACACCAGCGACUAAUACUUUUAUGCGUGUGCGCACUGGUGAUGUUUAUCACAUUCUACAACUGCAACUUUGAAAGAAACAGUGGCAUGGUCGAUAUCAGUCGAGAAAGUUCUACCACGCUACGACUGAGCACGAAAACACCCUACCCGCACCCACACCCAGACCUGCACUCACAUAUAUCGCCAAAUCGAUCCGACAGUUCUCAACCUCUAGAGCAGCUGACCCUCAUACAGCUCCAGCUAAUAUCGAGGCAUGGGGCCCGGUACCCAACACUCUCGGGAAUGCCAUCUAUCAACAGAACUCACGAGAAGCUCCGCCCUUACAUUCCUCAGGGGUGGAUUAAGCCCGAGCUUGCGGACGAAGCGCUGGAUGGGAUUUUAUCUACAAACGGCGAAAUCGAAGUCAGAAAGAUAGCGCUACGCAUGACACAGAAGUACAAUGUAUUUUUGGACAAGCACAUGCACCGAAAGGGCGCCGUUCGGUUUGUCAGCUCGGAGUGGCAGCGGUCACGAGAGUCUGCAAAUAUAUUCCGCCGUGCUAUGGACUUGAACAACAUAACAGGGCCAGUUGUCGUUGUGCCGGCCGCCAAAGAUACGACACUGGCGAUGCGCUUUACGUGUCCGCUGUGGGGCCAGUCAAAAAAAUCAAACGCGCAGAGUGUUGCUCAAGAAAUCGCUGUUUUUGACGACAUCCACGGCGACGAGCUGCAAAAACGCAUUUCGCAAAAGCUGGCAAAGCUGGCAAGGCGCCCAGUGGUGCCGCUGACGAUGAGUGAAAUUAAAACAAUUUACUCGCUGUGCGGGUACGACCAAUCCUUGUACUCUGAAUCCACUCACUGGUGCUCCUUGUUCGACACCCGCACGACUGAGCUUUUGGAACUUUGCAGCGAUAUCCGGUACAGCCGCGUAUACGGGCCCUACGGACCACACAUCAACAAGCGCAUUGCCUGCUCCCUACUCACGCAAAUAACCAAAGACAUCGACCAAGCGCUUUUGGAUCCAUUAGCUGCCACAUCGACGUUCCGGUUUGCGCAUGCCGAAACCAUCAUGUUCAUAAGCACGAUUCUAGAGCUUGAGUCCGUUUUGGGUGUUGGCUCUGUGCCGAUAGUCGGGAAUAUGCCCGAGGGUGAUGCCCGCAGAAGAGGGUUUAGGACCACAAAUUUGGUGCCCUUUUCGUCGAAUAUCAUGUUGGAACUUUAUAAGGAUCAGAGUUCUCAGCCACUUUUCAGGCUACUGCUUAACGAGCGUGCGGUUAAUUUCCCCGCUUGCUCGGCUGAUGCUUUGUGUCCUCUGAGCGUACUGCGUAACAUGCUCGCAGGAAACAUUGGGUGCGACUAUGCGCAGAUGUGCACAGUUGACGACAAAUAUGACGACAACGAAGACAAUGACGAUGCCGACAGCAUCAAAAUCAGUUUGGACCAAUAUUAAAUAUAAAUAAAUGGUGAAGUGCAUAUUCAUGUCUAUUUUUGAAUUUUCAAAAAUACAGGAGGGCAUGUCGCAUACGUAUUUUAAAAACACCAUUUUUCCCAGUCCCUUCUUUUUGUUUACUUGGAUUUUACUGUCCUCGAAAAAACAGCAGUGGAAAACAGUACUAAGGAAAUCAAAUAAACAAUUCGGUACACACA